CAUUUUGGUGAAAUUAAGUUUUUGCGUAACAUCCAUUCUAAAUCACAUUUUGCACGAUGUGGAACACAAACACCCUCCUAGUCAUCGCCUUUAGCGAACUUAUUUGAGUAUAAAAUAUACGUGGAAAGCAAAACUUCCCUAAGUCUAACGACUAAGUGGGUUUUUGUAUUCCAUGCGCAUGACCGUGCGUGGUUGUCCACCUCCAACUCACAGCUGAUUGAAAUUUUUAAUAUUGUAGUUAAUUACCUACUAUCGACGUACGAUUAGUGACACGUUGUUUUGUGUUGUAUAAUGUCAGAAUCAAAUGAUUCGGGUCACAGUGAAACAGAAAUCAAUGUAAAAAAGCGACGGCAUGAAAAAGAAUGGAAACGUAAUAAAAUAAAGAGACUAAAAGCUGAAGGGAAAGCACAUGUUAACUGGAAAGGACGUCUGGUGCCUGCAAGAUCUACUGGAGACAGUUGUAGCUGCAAACGCCUGUGUUUUUCAAAAUUCAGUGCCGACUCCAAGCAACAUAUUUUGGACCAGUUUAAUAAACUUGGUUCUGAUGGAAAUAAGAUAGCUCAGGACACGUACCUACAAGGACUUAUAAGUGCUCAUGCGAUCAAAAAACGUAGGCCACGAAAAGAAACUCCCUCAAGCACUAGGUGUGCUUCCUAUACCUAUAAAAUUAAAAUAGGAAACGAGGAAACUCCAGUAUGUACUCAGGCUUUUUGUAGUUUACAUGGAAUAAAACCUGACAGGGUUAAAAGACUAGCACGGCUUGUGAAUAGUGGGCUAGUAUCACAGGAGCAGCGAGGUAAACAUAAUACUCGUCCAAAUCAGGUGUCAUCUCAAGUUCUAAUGUUGAUUGACCAACAUAUUCGCAGUUUCCCUUAUCGUGUAUCGCAUUACGCUGCCAGUAACAAAAAACGAAGGUACCUCGCUAGUACACUAUCUAUUACAAAAAUGUAUGAGCUGUUUCUACAAAAACAUGACUCAGAAGCACAUAGAACACUCACAUCAAAAAAGGUUUCCGCAGAUAAAAUACAUGGAGUAGCAUCUUACCGUACCUUCCUAAAAUAUUUUCGUGACCACUUUAACUACGGGUUUGGUAGGCCGCAAGUAGAUAAAUGCAGGGAAUGUGAGCAACUGAAUGUGAAGAUUCAAACUGAAAAAAACGUCACGAUUAGGGAAAAACUUCAGGCUCAACUGAAAGUACAUAAGGUGAAGGGUAAGACGUUCUACAAUGAAAUAAAACGUUGCACAACGCUUGCAAAAAACAAUGACGAUACUGAAAUGAUAACAUUUGACUAUGAACAAAAUCUCCCCGUACCAGUGACUAACGUUUCCGACGAAUUUUAUUUAAGACAACUCUGGGUGUAUAACUUCGGAGUUCAUGGGAUGUCAGAUGACAAGCAAGUUAUGUACAUGUAUGAUGAGACUGUAGCAAAAAAAGGAUGUUCCGAAGUUACUAGCAUGCUAAAACAUUACAUUGACAACUAUGUUCCUGUGGCAGUUAGAAAGUUAUACGUUUUCUCCGACGGUUGCACGGGACAGAACAAAAAUCAUACAUUGGUGGAGUUUUUUUUCUCAUUAAUCAAGACAGGAAGAUUUGAUUACAUUGAGCAACGAUACCCAAUAAGAGGACACAGUUACUUGCCCAACGAUAGAGAUUUCGCGAAAAUAGAAGUCCAGAAACGAAAGCAAGGGAAAGUGGAGAUACCCCAACGCUGGUACGAGAUAGUCAGAGAAGAUUGUAAAUUUGAAGUUGUUGAGGUAAAUAGAACAAUGAUUUUUGACUUUAAAAAACAUUUUACCAAUAUCUUCAAAAAAAACAUUACGAAUGCUUCAAAGGAAAAAUUCCUUAUUUCAGAAGCAAAAAUAAUCAAAUACUCCAUCUCCCACAUUAAUGAAAUCGCAGUAAGUACGGCGAUGAGUGGCAUACUUUUUACAAACUUCAGAAUAAUGAAACCGAACACCAAGAUUUCUAUGCCCACUCGCCCAAUGUAUGAUGAACCCAUUCCUGUAAAAGAAAAGAAGAUAGCCAAUUUGAAGCUGUUGAUUCAGUACCUUUCUGAGGAAGGACAGCAGUACUUUACUCGCGUAUUUGAAGGGGGUACAAAUCCAGAGGACGCUGAAAGUGACUCGGAUACAGAAUAUCUGUGA